AUGAUAGCCGUGGCCAGAGAGGCCGCCAGGAUAUUCGAGAUCGGGGGAAGGGUCAAGAUCGAAGAGAUUGUCCAGCGAGGCUUGCACGAGGACGCCGCAAGCGUAUUGCGCUCAGGUCGUGAUCCACUCCAACGGCUGAAGCGACUACUCGCGUUCCUGAGCACGCAAGACGUACCUCUCUAUGACGAUCUCAUGGAUGAAACAUCAGAAGUGAUGCAAGCCGUCCAAUACUACAAUGUACGGAUACACCCACAAUACAAGGCAUCCCAAGAACUGGCACCCAACCCCGCCCUCGUGCUUUUCCCUCCGCAGGACAAGACACGAUGCUCGGACAUGACUAUCACUACAAUUCUCAUGUUCAUGUGCUUAGAGCUCCAAAACCCUACCUUUGCGGAUGGACGUUCACAUGUGAAUGCCAUGAAGCGGAUAGUUGACCUCAGAGGUGGACCCAAGCAGCUCAUGAAGGAAGCCCCGUACCUGGUCCCGUCGAUGGUGCUCUACCUACUUCCGUCAUGGGACCAAGUCGACAUCAGCAACACUGCAGAGGAAAUGACAGAAGACAUAACCGACAUGUACAGUCUCAUCUUCCCGUACACGCUCUGUCCGCGAGAGCUCUUCACUGAGAUAUUGCGGACGAACCAGCUACGCGCAAAAGCAUCUGCAGCAAUACAGCUGUGUGGUUUCAACCCGGAGCAUGCACUCGAAGCUUAUGACGUCCUCGGCCGCAUCGAGGCCUUCUCAGUCGAGGACUGGGCGCGAGCUGGCACAUUUUGCACCGAAUGGCUGACUGUUGGUCUGGUGUAUAAAUCCGCCGUCGCGCUCUACGCCACCUUGUCCCUUUGCUCACUCAUGGUCCUCCCGACGACACCUUCACUGCUCGAGAGUCAAACAGCUUACGGCGAUGUCCUGCUCAGCAACCUCGGCACUGCACUCAAGGCCCCGCGUAUGGCUAAGUUUAUGGUCUGGCCGCUCAUCGUCGCGGGUGUAGAAGCUAUGCAUCGCGGGGAAGGGACGCGCAACUGGAUCGAAGCGGGCUUGGAGGAUCUGAGUAGGACGCUGGGGACGAGUUGCCCACUCAAAGUAUGUUCGGUGCUGAAGAGAUACUGGAAGGGCGGGGUUGCCGGGUGGGACGAGUGCUUCGAUCAAUCGUAUGUGUUUGCAAUCUAG